UCCGCGGGCGGCGGCGGAGCCUGGGCUGGCCGCGCUGCCCCUGCCUCUCGGCGGCGGCGGCACGGAUCGCCUCCGUCCUGCCCCCGCGGCGGGAAGGGCCGCCCAAGCGGAGCCCUCCUCCCUGCCUGCCUGCCGCGCUCCUCCCGCCGCCGCACACCCCGAGGAACGGCUUGUUUUCCUGCCCGGAUGAUGGAUUUCUCCGCAAGGUCAUCCCUGCCCGCGGCAGUGGCGUGCCCGCGGCUCCCCGGCGCCGCCGCGGAGAUUAGCUUCACAGGAAACCUGUUGUCAACAGCCUGCCCAGCGAGAAAACUCCAAGGAGAAGCUGAGGACAAACAACAUCUUGAAGACAGUCCAUGGGGACUGUACCAGACCCUCUGAGAUCUGCCAAGCUUUCCCUGGUCUCAACUUCUGCAGAGGAGGAGCACCUGGGAGACCUGCAGCCUGCCAAGCACCAGCCCCAAGCCCCCAGUGGCGAGAGGGCCAGCAAUGGUUUCCCUUGCGCGCCGUCCGGCUCAGCUGGGGUUUGCUUCUUCGACCUGACCUGCGCAGGUGCUGCCAGCACGCAGAGGUGUGAGCAGUGCCACACAGAUGAUGGCAGCCAGCAGGAAGCCUUUUCUCCCAGGCUGGCCAGCACAACUGCAGAGGGGCAUCCUGCAGACGUAAAGCCUGCUGGUUGUUCCCAGCCAGCGGGCAUCCCGGCAGUGCCAGCCCUUGCUGCUGCAGGAGCCCUCUCGGGGCAAGGGCCAGAGAUGAUGCCAGCCCCCCAGAGCUCCCGGCAGUUUGUGCAAGGCAGCCAGGCCAAAACGAGCUCCCUGACACAAAUAGACGACUCUGCCUUGAAACCUCAAGGAACUGAUGAUCAGCCAGCACUUGAAGUGUUAAAUUAUUCUUCCCCGGGUGAUCCUGUCGGGGUUAAUCAAUUCUGUCAUACUUCUCAGGCCAACCUUCUGCAAAGAGGGGAAGAAGACAGGGAGGCAGAGAAAAAUGCUUCUGCUGAGUGUCAGUCAGCCUUGGCAGCAGGACAAACCGAAGCUGACCUGGGAAGAGACUCUCAGACCAGUCUGGAGGCAAAAGGUGGGACUGCAGCCACGCCACAGUCGCAUCCCCCAGAUAAAACUGAAGCGGUGCAGAGCAGCGAGGCACCAGCCCAGUCUGGCCACGGGAGUCCCCAUCCUGUACAUAACCUGGGCCCCAUGCCUGGGAGUCCAAGCCCCACCCAGCUCUCCAAAUUCAGAGAAACAGGUACAAUGACAGCUCAGCCAGAGAGCAGCCCUUGUACUCAGGAAGCUGUGAGCAGGACGUGGCGGGAUGCUGAGGUUCAGGCCGUGGCUACUGUGGAGAGCAAAUCAGCUUCCACCAGUCCCAGCAUCUUUGCUGCCUUCUUAAAAGGGAAUCCUCCUCCAGAGGAGAAGGAAGAACUGCACAUAAUUUACCAAGGAGGUAUGGGGCUGAGCCAGGCUGCACUUACUGACAGUUUAUCCUCACAACAAAAGUCUCCAUGUUCUCCUGGUAUCACAUCAAAAUCGACUGUUGUGGCUGUGACUGCUUCAGCCCAAACCCAGCCUGGGGUCCCAUCUGAUGUGGCAUCUCCAGUAUCAGCAGAUAACACGAAACCUGUUCUCCCCUGCUCCCCUGCAGCUGGUACCUCUCAAGGAACAUCUGUGGGUAAUGCUGAAAUGAGCAGUGCAGCCUGUGAUGUCAAGGAUGAUGCUCAGUUGCCAAAGGAUGCUCCAGUCCCACCAAAGCCCAUCCCAGCUGAGCAGCUUGGAGUUGACUCCAGUAAUCAAACUCCAUCACAGUCUGGGAGUGGUGUUGGUGAGCCAAGCACCACUUGCACUGAUGCUGUCCCAGGAACCCAGAACAACGUGCAAGAUCUCAUCCCUCAUGCAGGAAGCAGCCGGUCACCUUUACUCUCUGGCAAGGACAGUGAAGCCAAGCAGAAGGAGGUCCUGGGCAGCUCUGAGCAAAAGCCUGUGCAAAGCAAGGGUGGGAGUCAAGGGCAGGCCAGUCCUAAUCAAUCUGUGGUAAAACCAAAGGAAAAAAACUUGGUGGUGCUUGAUCCUAAAGGAGGGCUGAGUGUUGGCAGCCAGCCUGCUGCUGUCCGUGCCAAGGUGUGCCCACAGGAUGAGAGGGAGAGCAGAGGCCAUGGAGACAGCGGCCAGUCUCAGGUGGCUGUUGGCCAGAACCUGCAGGCAGGACUGACACCCGAGCUGAGUGUGAGUCCUGCAAGUCUUGCCCCUCCCGUGGCAGCAUCAGCAGCUCCCCAGCAGCAGGGCCUCCAGGCCAGGCAGUCCGGACACGAUCUCCACACUGCAGUGAUUCCUGCUUCCUCUCAGGCUGUGCCAAACCUGGGGGAAAACAAAAAGCAUUCCACCCCAGCCAUGGAGGCCAAAGUACACGUGAAGCAGUCCAAACACGUCAGGGAUGUUGUUUGGGAUGAGCAAGGAAUGACGUGGGAGGUUUAUGGUGCUUCCCUCGAUCCAGAAUCCCUGGGAAUUGCCAUCCAGAACCACUUACAGAGACAAAUACGGGAACACGAGAAACUGAUCCGGGCCCAGAACAGUCAGACCCGGAAAUCCAUUUCCUCAGAUACAUCCUCAAAUAAAAAACUAAAAGGGAGGCAGCACAACGUGUUCCAGUCCAUGCUGCAGAAUUUUAGGCGUCCUAAUUGCUGCGUCCGACCUGCUCCUUCCUCUGUGUUAGACUGACAUGGUUUGCAGGGGUGCCUAAAUACCUGUGGUGGUGGAGAGAAUCCCUUCCCUCAAGUCCUGCUGUUUGGUUGUGUAAUUGGGGUUGUGAUGCAACAGUGGAAAAUUAUUUCCCUUUGUUUUCUGACUAGCCACAUGCUCCAUCCUGCCAUUAUUAUUGUCACAGCUGGUGUAUUUCCACAUUAUGCCCCAACCUUGACUGCUGUCAGAUGAAAAGUUAGGCACUUAGCAAAAGCACAAAUUUCAAUUGCCACCUUGCUGCAGGGAGAGCAGCACCUUCUGAUAAAGCAGGAAGCGGAGGGAUUGUCAGAAUUAUGGGAAUUUAUUUAUGUGCAUUAUGAGGUCUUACCUAAAGGGGUGGACUGAAGGAAGCUGAGGGAGGUGGAAUUAAGGUUCAACAGCUGUAAAGACCUAAUACAAGACAGCUUUCCUGGUUUGUAAGUUAUCUGUGCUGAGGCAGUCCAUGAACAGGCUAUGGACAUUGAUCACUGAGCAGCCUCACUUUGCUGAUACUGUGGGGCGCCGGUCUCAGUGAGCCCCAGAGAGCCCGGUCUUCCCCUCCUGUUGAAAUGCAGAACCAGGCAAAGCAUGAGGAUCAAGACUGAAGGAUUCUCUCUUUGGGAGAAGCUAAAUCUGUGGGAUGUUGAUGGCCAGAAGGGGAGGUGUGAGAGAGAUGCUGUUUGUCCCCUGCAGUGGCCACUCUUAAGGUGUGAGCCAUCGAGAGCGCAUCGGUAGAUGGACCUGCACCCAGCAGGGCGGUGCCCACCCUUUCUCUGCUACUCCUGCCAAGUCUUUAAAAAGCAGGGAGCUGUUCUGCCUCCUCAGGUGGCAUGGGCAGCCCCUGCUCCCAGCCUCCUGUGGCACUGAGCACCUCUGUUCUAAGUCACUCUUUAAAGUGAUGUGGAUUUUUCUUCUCUCUCCAGAGAUGCACAGUAAUGUUUUCCCAUAGCAGCAGGCUUUCCUGUGCAUUGGGGUCCAUGAGCCUCUGUGUCCAGUGUGUUACACUGAUGAUUUUUUUUCCCUUUAAGUCCUUAGCCAACUCUACUGUUUUUUUCAGUAUUUUGGUGCUUUUCUCGCUGCCUUUCAAAACCCAAAUACCAUUUAUUUAGCCUAUGUGUUAUUUUGUUUUACCUAACACUCUAUAUUAUGAACCAUUAUACUGUUAACUUGAAAAAUUUGCAGCAGUACUGAAAUCUUGAGACAAUCUUUGCUGUAUCUCUGAACUUAGUUAUAGAAACUGCUAAUAAAAGGUAGCUUAGUGACUGUUUCUCCAGAAGUAUGAUAUACAAUAAUGUCUCAAAUAUAUGUUGGUCUCAUUUCUUAAUAAUAUUUUUCCAACUUGGGAAAUGUGUUUCCCAGUAGCUUUGUAUUUUGUCCACUAGCAUUCAUUAUGGGAGGCUGGGGAACUCCUGCAGUUUGUAGAAAAUUUAGUUAUCAAUCCUGCAAAGCACUGAUUAUUUGGAUAUUGUAAUCCUGCAGAGUACUAGAGUUAAAUAGGAGAUACUUUUAGUCCAUUAAAGAUUUUUCAUGAAUCAUGAUGAUAAUUUAUUUCUGCCUCUAGUACCACACACCUGACUUGCUCUGUAGAUCUUGCUCUUACAAUUUACUCUAAAUCUUACAGGUUUACACCAUGUAAAUGAGUAUUAGUAUUUUUUUUUUUUUUUUUUUUUUUUUUUUUUUUUGUGAAGUGAACCUGAAGUGGUCCCCAGUUAUUUAGGAGGCCAGACUUCUUGAGUAUAUCAACUGCCAAACCUUCAUAGUAGCUGUUUGGGGGCAGUUUUUCCCCAGCAGAAAAGUAAAAUACUGUAAGAUACAACAUUUUAACCCAGUGCAAUGAAAAGUGUUGUCCCUAAGCAUAGUACUGGAUUGACUUCUAGUUUUCCUCAGAUAUAUACCAGGGGGCUUUAUGUCACAUCCUUGUUCAAUUUCUGUAUGUUAUUUCAAGUCCUCUCCUACUUGUGGUGCUGAGUUUUUAAUUCUGAAACACCACAUUAGAGAGCAUCUUCCCACCUCUACCUACCAGGAGGAAAGUCUCCAACCUUUUUUCUGUUAGUACUGCUGUUUCCACCCUCUUCCUAGCAGUGUCUGAGAUCCGAGUUUCAUGUGAAGUUCUGUGUGGGAUUAAUAUUGACAGUAUCAUUAGGUCAGGUUAGUCAACAAGUUCAGUGUCUCUUCCCGCAUUGUGUCUGUGUCAGCCCUGACAAGGUUCCCCGAGUUGCCUGCAUUCUUGCUGUGUCCUGUCCAGGUCCAAGGCUCUGUGCUGCUCCUUUUUCCUCCCUUCUGCCCCUUCCCUUGCUAGCUGCUGCCCAGCCUGUCUUCCUGUGAAGCCGUGUCCCUUGGCUCAGCUCGUCCCCCUCUGCAUUCCCCUUGCUGUAGCUGUGAGCCAGCUUAUUCUGAACUGUCCCUUUACAAAUAUGCUCAGUCUGAAUAUGCAAAUGGAUUGUCCUAUUUUUUUUUCUUCCAGAGGAGAAUAAACAGCUAUCACUCAUUCACUGAUUUCCAUGAAUUUUAUCCUUUAGCGCCAGCUCUGCAAAAUAUUUCUAGGAUAUGGGUAUGAGUUGCUUUAUUGAGAGCAAACUAGGCUUGGCAAUGAAUGAGCAGGAUGCUGGGGCAGCACUGGACUUACUGCUUCUUUGCAAGGAACGAGAGAUCUCCCCUGGUUCCUUGCAGCUUCUUUCAGCUGUGAGUCUCCAGUAGCUGGUCCACCUCCCUUCCCCACCCCAAAUGACCUUUCUUCUAGGAAAAUUUCGCCAGUGCAUUUGUACUGCAAAGCGCCGAAGUUCCUGAGUGGCUGCACCUGAACAACUUCAUGGGCAUAACUGAAACAAAAUGUAGUGCUCAGCCUGUCUUCUGGGCAAAUAUGAGUGCAAAGAUGCAAAUUGUCCAUGUCACUGUCUGGUGGCUGCAGAAGUCCUGCAGACGUGUGUUGGAAGCCAAGCAAUAAAGUGCCAAAAGCCAACACAUAAAAAUGAGUCGAUAAACACCAGCACAUCUCGUGGAAAAUAUUUUAGGUUUUGACUGUGCCUUGCUAGGGCAGACUGUAGGCAACCUGCUAUUUGACACUGGUGAUUAGUGCUUCCUCCUGAAUACAAUGUCCAGGCGACAAUGUGAAUCCUCACUGUCGAUACAUCUUUCACCAACAGCAGAACAACCACGUUGGGGGUAGCAAUUAGCAAAUAUUAUGCAUUUGAGAGUGCUUAUAGCAGCCAAGAAAGGCUGUUCGUGGUGUCGUGUCAGUCUCAAAAAUGAAAAUGCACUUGGAGUAGUAAUAUGGCUGAGAGUGGGCGGAGAUGAUCCGUGUGCCAUCCCCCCCAUUCUUUUUCUCUGCCCAGUGACUCAGAAUCAUGUUGCAUUAGUUGCAUGGGCAGCAACCAAGGAAAUCCACUUGGCCUAAUAAAGGGAGGAUUCAGAACAGAAAAUCCUUUGUCAUUCCCAAGAGCAAAUAUAUAUUUUAAAAAACCCCAAACCUGUGUUGCAACCUAGCCAGUUGAAAUAACUCUUAAAUUUUUAAUUUUUUUUUGUUCCAAGUUGUUUUUGAACCAUAUUAAUCAAAGCAGUGAAUAAGAAUGGAAGAUUUACUUCUAGUUUCACUCAGGGGGCUUUCCACCAUAUGCCCCCUAGAUCCAAAGAUGAGAAUAAGCAUGUUUCAGUGUUGCCAAUACAAUACCUGAGCUGAAGGAAUAUUUUAUUGCAGGCAAUUUACAAUAUAGUCCUGGAUUUCACAUGAGGCUAUGAUAUCCAUCUGUGUGCACUUGGUUUGGAUCUACUAGCUUUGUGUUGUUCGGGCAUGAGUGCUGAAAUUCUGCAUCAUUUCUGCUGACUUGGUUUGGACAAGAGUGGGGAAAGAGCUGAAGGGACAAGUAGGGCAAUAUCUGUCUUCUUCAUUUCAGGAGAAGAAAACAUUCUUUUGAAUACAGAAGAAGAAACUGCUGAGAAACAUGGGGAGGGAAGGACUAAAACAGAAGUAAAAUAAAGUUGGUGUAGGUGCUUCACAAUGAAUUCCCAUUCUUAUAUCUUUUUUACCCACUUGUUUUCUUACCUCAUGUAUUUUUCUAUUUGUUGGCAUCCCAUGUCUUUUAGGAAAAUGAAUAUUUCCAAAGGCUGUAUAUUUUGCUAGUAUUUACAGAUAUAUCCAAAUAGGAUUCAACAAAACCUCUAAGCAGUCCACCUGUUUGUUACUGCCAUUAAAACAUAAGAGCUUGUAAAAUGCACUGUUUGAAGAAGUAUAUUGAAGAGAUUCAAAAGUUGAAUAUAUGCUCUUAAAUAGCAUUAGCUUUUCUCUUAAGUUUCAUUACUGCGUUGAAGUGUUAAAGUUAGAGGUGGAAAUCCAAAUGACAAUCAGUGUUGAUGAGGAAUUCAAAUUGGCUGCUGCUGGUUUUCAGUUUGGAAACUUCAUGGAAUGUACCAUACCAGUGUUUCAUUAGUUAGCUCAGUAUAUGCAAGGUCUGUAUGAAAGUACAAAUUUUAUUAACUUAUUAACUCCAUUAUCUUGUUUUGUGUCUGUCCUUCCACACCUUUUAAAAAUUAAUGCAAAAUGCUGCCACAACAGAGUAACUUUUGCACACAGCUUGUGGGAAUGGCUGCUCUGAAUGACAGACAACUGAUUGUCAGACUCUGUGGGCUUAGAAAAUUAAGGGCUGUGGUCGUUUCCCUAACUCCAUGUUUCAGUACCCAAUCUCUGCUUGUUUAUUUUUUGGUGUCUCUGUGAUGCCUGUAUGAGUGGUCAGUAUUUUCAGGUGUCCCAAAGACAUGAAGGUAGAUCCUCACCCAAAUACUGCGCACUACGAAAUAUCUCUGGUGCCAUUAGAUGCUGUGGUGUGACCUGAAGGUCAGGUCCUGUAACUUGAACUGGCUUCAAUAUUCUUUUAGGGGCCUGAAUUAUCCCCCUUGAGUCACUGUAGGUGUUUAAAAGGAAGACUGAAGUAUUACCGCUGAAUUGAGCCAAACUGAUUUUCUUUUUUUUUUUUUUUUAUGCUGAGAUAUAUUGUUUUUUCUGCUUUGUGUUUUUCUGAGUAGCUCAUCCUUCCUAGAGUUUGUAGUGUGGAUUUUGCAUCAAAUCCCAGCAAAGAAGAUUUUGCAAAGUGAAACCUACUUUUCAUCAUUCAGGCUUCUUUAAAGAAAAGUGACGUUAUUACUGAGCCAAAUCACACAGAGAGGAAAUAUUUUUUCCUCUAGGAAAAAUUCUGAUGUAGGUAAGCUUAUGUGUGUGUCCCUGUUUAAAAGGCAAGUACAUGUGUGCAGGUCUCAUGCAUCACUCAUGCUCUAAUAUGAUUUUUUUCCCUUUGCCCUUCUGAUUGAAUGCUGGAGGCUUAGCAUUUUCCACAACCUUGAGGCAAGUUUAAAUCCUUCUCUUUCUUGGGUCUCUGAAAAGCAGACUGUGGGUGAUAGGAAGCAUCUGAUCUCCUUGGGAACAGAAUCACAUGAACUAAUCCCCAUUUGAAUAUGAGACCUUAAGUUUUUGUUAGCUUUCUGCUAAGACUGACACUCCUUGGAGUAGAAAUAAAUUACAAAUCUGCCUGCAACGUCUCCAGCAGUUAUCUGCUGCAGAAUAUGAGUCGCUCAGAUACUUCUCAGCAGCUCUGCUGUAAGAGGUGACCCUUCUGCUGGAGGAUCCUCAUGACACUUCCCUUAGCUCAGUUCACAGUCGAUAGUUUCAAGUCCAUCAGAAGCAAGUUUAGACACUGCCCUGAGGAAUUUCCAUAAAAUGGAAGAGAACGGUUUGUGUGUUUGUGGCACAUAAAAUCACUGAGUCUAAGUUGUGAAGUAAAGGUCUCAGUGACACUGGAGAGUACUGGGAGUUUCUGCCCAGAAUUAAAGGUAGGAAGUGUAUCUGAACUUUUAAUUUCAAAAACUAUGGCCAUGAGUCAGCCAGCAUCAGAAGAAAACCAACUUGGAGGCUUCUAACAACAACUAAUAUUAUUGUGGCUUUAUUAAUUUUAUAGUUACACUGAUUGAAUGUGAUGUACUGUACAAAAUAAAACUAGUCUUAGGCUACCAGGUGUACCAUGGCAUUCAUUUGAGACAUACCAACAAAAGUUUGCAUGUGAAAAGUCUUAAAGUGAUACUAAAGCAAUGUUACCCACCUGACUGAGUCCCUUAGGAAUUUAAUGUUUUGCUGUUUCACAUCUGGUUUCCAUGCUGAGUACAAUAAAAUGAGCACUGUCUUAA